AUUCUAAAACCGCCAACACCAUGCGCAGGAAAUUCGAGUGUUGGUGCGGAAGCACGUUCAAAAGAAUUCAUCGAAGAGGAUAAUACGGAAGAGAAACCACCGAAAGUAUCGAAGAAUGUGAGGCUGCAGAGGGAACCUGACGAAACAACGAAGUCGAAGGAUGAGUUUCUGGUGAUUAAUGGAAACAGGGAGUCAGGUUACAAGAUGCAAGGAAUCUUCGAGCAUGUAGUCCCAAGUCCUCAAGUGGAACUUCGACCAAUCUGA